ACCUCCUUCCCGCCGCUGAGACUAGGAAGCGGGACGCCAAAUCUGUCCCCGCGCAGCCGCCGCCGCCGGGUGCCGAGCGGGGCGGCCGCCCUCUCCGAGGCGCGCGUGCGCACGUCCCCACGCACGCUCCGGCGUACGGCGGCGGCCAGGGGUCGCGAGCCGGUGGAGGACCCGCGCACGGAGGAGCCCGGGGAGUCGGCGCCUCUUCCCUCCCUCUCCCAUUCCCCUCCCCGCUCCCUCCCCCCCCUCCCCAAGAAUGUUCCGCUACGAGUCUUUGGAGGAUUGUCCUCUGGAUGAAGAUGAAGAUGCAUUUCAGGGCCUGGGAGAGGAGGACGAAGAGAUUGAUCAAUUCAAUGAUGAUACAUUUGGGUCAGGUGCAGUUGAUGAUGAUUGGCAGGAAGCACAUGAGCGCCUGGCUGAACUGGAGGAGAAGCUACCUGCAGCAGUUAAUGAACAAAGCGGCAAUGGAGAAAGGGAUGAGAUGGACUUGUUGGGUGACCAUGAGGAGAAUCUGGCAGAGAGGCUCAGCAAGAUGGUGAUUGAAAAUGAACUUGAAGACCCAGCUAUCAUGCGGGCGGUACAGACCAGGCCAGUGUUGCAACCCCAACCAGGAAGUCUCAAUUCCAGCAUCUGGGAUGGAUCUGAAGUUCUGAGGCGAAUCCGAGGACCACUGCUUGCUCAGGAAAUGCCUACAGUGUCUGUGUUAGAAUAUGCCUUGCCUCAGAGGCCCCCCCAGGGCCCAGAAGACGAUCGGGACCUGUCCGAGCGCGCAUUACCAAGGCGGUCCACCUCGCCUGUCAUUGGGAGUCCUCCUGUUAGAGCUGUCCCCAUAGGCACCCCACCUAAGCAGAUGGCUGUGCCCAGCUUCAACCAGCAGCCUGUGCAGUCCUGUUCCAUAGACUUCCCUCCACCUGAAACCAGCAGCUGGAAAGGAAGGCCAAUGUGGAAGAUUCUGUGUCCAAAGGCUGUCCACGUUCGGCCCCCAAUGCCGCCACGGUAUCCUGCUCCCUAUGGUGAGAGGAUGUCUCCAAACCAGCUCUGCAGUGUCCCGAACUCCUCCCUGCUGGGCCACCCUUUUCCCCCUAGCGUCCCUCCUGUCCUCAGCCCCCUCCAGAGAGCACAGCUUCUUGGAGGAGCACAGCUACAGCCUGGACGGAUGUCUCCCAGCCAGUUUGCACGGGUGCCUGGAUUCGUGGGCAGCCCACUUGCCGCCAUGAAUCCCAAGCUGUUGCAAGGGCGAGUUGGGCAGAUGCUCCCCCCGGCGCCAGGCUUCCGCGCCUUCUUCAGCGCCCCACCCCCCGCUACACCACCCCCUCCGCAGCAGCAUCCCCCUGGCCCAGGACCCCACCUGCAAAACCUAAGAUCACAGGCUCCAAUGUUUAGACCAGACACAACCCACCUUCAUCCACAGCACCGUCGACUUUUGCAUCAGAGACAGCAACAGAAUAGAAAUCAACAUCGGAAUCUCAACGGUGCAGGAGACAGAGGGAGUCACCGGAGCAGUCAUCAGGAUCAUAUCCGAAAGGAUCCGUAUGCCAACCUCAUGCUGCAGCGAGAAAAAGACUGGGUCUCUAAAAUCCAGAUGAUGCAACUGCAAAGCACUGAUCCCUACCUGGAUGAUUUUUAUUAUCAGAAUUACUUUGAAAAACUGGAGAAACUGUCAGCUGCUGAAGAAAUGCAAGGUGACGGCCCAAAAAAGGAGCGUACCAAGCUCAUCACACCUCAGGUGGCCAAGCUGGAGCACACCUACAAGCCAGUGCAGUUUGAGGGCUCUUUGGGAAAGCUCACUGUCUCUAGUGUGAAUAAUCCCCGAAAAAUGAUUGAUGCUGUUGUGACGUCUCGGAGUGAGGAUGAUGAGACAAAAGAAAAACAGGUUCGGGACAAAAGACGAAAAACCCUUUUCAUAAUUGAGAAAACCUAUAGUUUACUGCUUGAUGUGGAGGAUUACGAAAGGCGUUAUCUCCUAAGUCUGGAAGAAGAGCGACCUGCCUUGAUGGAUGAAAGAAAGCACAAAAUUUGUUGCAUGUAUGACAACUUAAGGGGGAAAUUGCCUGGACAGGAGAGGCCGAGUGAUGACCACUUUGUACAGAUCAUGUGUAUCCGAAAGGGGAAGAGAAUGGUGGCCCGGAUUCUGCCUUUCCUCUCCACAGAGCAAGCAGCUGACAUUCUCAUGACAACAGCCAGGAACCUCCCUUUCCUCAUCAAGAAGGACGCACAGGAUGAGGUGCUGCCAUGCCUAUUGAGUCCCUUCUCUCUCCUCCUCUACCAUCUUCCACCAGUGACCGUCACCAGCCUUCUGCAGCAGCUGAUGAACCUACCUCAGAGUGCAGCGGCCCCAGCUCCGUCCAACCCACACCUCUCUGCCGUGCUCCAGAACAAGUUUGGCCUGUCCCUGCUCCUCGUCGUCCUGAGCCGCGGGGAAGACCUACAGAGCUCAGACGCCGCUUCAGAAUCGGCGCAAAGCAACCCAUGGACGGAGGUGAUGUUUGUGGCAACCCGAGAACUUUUGCGGAUUCCCCAGACGGGCCUGGCCAAGCCAAUCUCUAUACCCACAAACCUAGUAUCCCUCUUUUCUCGUUACGUUGACCGACAGAAACUGAACUUGCUGGAGACAAAACUGCAGUAAGUUGGAAAUAGCAGAAUUCCACAUCUCACUGAAGCUGGCACUUUAGAAGUUACGUUGAGGAGGUUGGGGGUGAAAGGGGCAUAAGACGUCAUGAAUCCAGUGGAAGAGAUUAAACACUUCUGUGAAAUACA